AUGCCGGAGGGCCGGAGCCUGCAGGUCCCGUCCGCAGCAUCCGCGGGCGCCUCGCAGGCUGCGCCGUCGGGGACCGCCGCCUGCCCUUCGUGCCCGCCAUCCCCAGCCCGGGGGUCCCCGCAGACCGCGGGUGCCAGGCGCCGUGCCAGCGUCCCGCAGAAGCUGGCGGAGGCGCUGAGCAGCCAGUACGGGCUGAACGUGUUCGUGGCGGGGCUGCUGCUCCUGCUGGCCUGGGCGGUGCACGCGGCCGGCGUGGGCAAGCGCGACCUGCUGUGCCUGUUAACCGCGCUCAUGAUGCUGCAGCUGCUGUGGAUGCUGUGGUACGUGGGCCGCAGCUACGCGCAGCGCCGCCUCAUCCGGCCCAAGGACACACAAGCGGGCGCGCGCUGGCUCCGUGGCAGCAUCACAUUAUUCGCAUUUAUCACCAUCAUCCUGGGAUGCUUGAAAGUCGGGUACUUCGUUGGAUUUUCUGAGUGCUUGUCAGCCACAGAGGGAGUGUUCCCGGUCACCCACGCGGUGCACACGCUGCUGCAGGUCUAUUUUCUCUGGGGGCAUGCAAAGGAUAUUAUCCUGUCUUUCAAAACACUGGAAAGGUUUGGGGUGAUCCACUCGGUGUUCACAAACCUGCUGCUGUGGGCCAACAGCGUCCUGAAUGAGUCCAAGCACCAACUGAAUGAACACAAGGAGAGGCUCAUCACUCUGGGCUUUGGCAACAUCACCAUCGUUUUGGAUGACCACACACCGCAGUGUAACUGCACGCCACCUGCUCUCUGCUCUACCCUGUCCCACGGGAUCUAUUACCUGUACCCCUUCAACAUCGAGUACCAAAUCCUGGCCUCCACCAUGCUGUAUGUGCUCUGGAAGAACAUCGGGCGCAGGGUGGACAGCAUGCCACAGCAGAAGAUGACAUGCAGGUUCGAUGGGGUCCUGGUGGGUGCAGCACUAGGCCUGGUGGUGCUGGCUGCCACCAUUGCUGUGGUAGGGGUGUACAUGAUCCACAUCGGGUGCUCCAAGUCCCAGAGCGAGUCGGCGCUCACCAUGUUCUACCUGUAUGCCAUCAUCCUGCUAUUGCUCAUGGGGACUGCUGGGCUGGUGGGAUGCUGGAUUUACAGGGUGGAUGAGAAGUCCCUGGACGAGUCCAAAAACCCAGCCCGCAAGCUGGAUGUAGACCUCUUGGUGGCCACGGCCUCUGGCUCCUGGCUCCUCUCCUGGGGCUCCAUCCUGGCCAUUGCCUGUGCUGAGACUCGCCCAUCAUAUACCUGGUACAACCUGCCCUACUCCAUCCUGGUGAUCAUGGAGAAGUACAUUCAGAACCUCUUCAUCAUUGAAUCGGUCCACCAGGAGCCCGAUGGCAUCCCUGAGGACAUCCGCACUCUCCGCGUGGUCACCGUCUAUAGUGGCGAGGCCGCCACCCUUGCUGCUUCAGGCCUUGGGAGCCAAGGGGUGACUGGGAAUGGGUCAUCUGCCACCAACGGGAAUCUGUGUCUGCAGCAGGCGAGCAGCAAAGAAGACCGGGAGGCUGGCUGGGAAGGGGUGGAGGGCACAGCCCGCCAUCCCAGCUUCCUGCGGAGCGGCACCAAGCGGAGGCUCCUCAGGAACAUCACUGCCUUUCUCUUCCUCUGCAACAUCUCGCUCUGGAUCCCCCCUGCCUUUGGCUGCCGCCCUGAGUAUGACAACGGAUUGGAGGAAGUUGUCUUUGGUUUUGAACCUUGGAUCAUAGCAGUCAACCUGGCCAUGCCCUUCUCUAUUUUCUACCGGAUGCAUGCAGCUGCCUCCCUCUUUGAGGUCUAUUGUAAAAUCUAGCUUGAGUCCACACAAAUGGAGAAGGAACACAGGAACAAGGGAGCUCUGGAGCCACCUGGGGAGGGCCCAGCUGGAUGAACACUGCCUGAAAAACGUGGGCAGGGCACCUUUGUGGACAUGGCCAUGCUUCCUGUGGCUGGAGCUGCCCAUCACCUUGAGUGAGGGCUGACAGAUCGAAUGCCCAAGGUGGCUGGGACCGUCUUCCCUCGGUCAGCCAAAUCCAAACAAUUUGGUUUCCUCCUGGUGAAGACCUUCUGUUUUAGAAGAAUGGGCUUUUGGCUGGGGAAACAUUAUCCAGUUUUUCUGACAAGCGUUUUCUGUUUUUACUGUUUGUAAUUGAUGUGACUAUAUACAAUCUUUUCCUGACCCUCUAUGUUGGUCAUUUGAAAUUUUUUCCUUCUCAGAGCUGCUGAGCAUAGAUAGAAAUGUGUCUUAGUUCAUGGUUUAGUUUCUGAACCAGUUUAAUUUUUGGACAAAGUUACUUUUAAUCAACUGCAUGGAAAUUUCAUCUAGAUUAAUACAAACAGACAAACUUACCUGAAAUUUUGGCACAUUUUUUUUAUUUGUGAUCAUUUUGAAGGAUUAGAAAAUGAAUUUUGCCAUCCCUUUUUUUUUCUAUGUCAGCUUUAUUACAUAGGAAACGUGGACAUUUUUGAAGAAUAGACAAGAAAAAUGACCCGUGAUGCAUUGUUAACAAUUACUGUUUAAUGUCUUUGUAUACCUCUUCUGACCAUUACGUGUAGCGCUCUUUUUAUUGAACCUGCUGAUGAUAACCCAACACUUCUAAUUUUAUAUCCACUUGUUUCCCUCUUGACAAUACGAUAAAUCUUCUCCUGUACUGUUGUAAGCUCUUUAGCAUUGUCAUUUUACUGCUGCAUGAUAGCUUCUCAGAUGAAUGUACCAAGAAUAACUUGCUUUCCUUGUCUUGAUUUUACAGUGCUUAUAACUGCUUGCUUUUAUAAGAGACCUUGCAAAAACCAACCAUGUCGGGAAAGCAUUUCUUAUAUUUAGAAUUCCUUUUAGCCGGGCAUGGUGGCACACGCCUUUGAUUCCAGCACUUGGGAGGCAGAGGCAGGCAGAUCUCUGUGAGUUCCAGGCCAGCUGGGGCUACAGGGAGACCCUGUCUCAAAACAACAACAACAACAACAAAAAAGAUAAAUGGUUGGCCCUUCAUAUCCAUCAAUCCCACCUCUACAUUCAGCCUUUGGAUAGAAAGCAUUUUCAAGCAUUGCAUCUUGGGGCUAGCAAGAUGGCUCAAAGGUAGCUUGCUGUUCUUGCAGAGGACCGGAGUUUAGUUCCCAGCAUUGUAACUCCAGCUCCCCUGUUACUCCAGCUCCAGUGGAUCCAGUGCCUUCUUCUGGCCUCACAUUCACACAUAUACAUAAAUAAAAAUAAAAUAAACCUUAAAAAGAAUUGUCUCUGGCAGACUUUUCCUUGCCACUAUUCAUUAAACAGUACAAUCGAGCAGCCAUUUGUGUGGCAUUUAUAUUGUGUAAAGUAGUUUUUCUUUGAGACAGGAUCUCAUAUCUCCUAGGCUGGUAUCAAACUUGCUAUCUAGCCAAGGAUGAAUGUGAACUCCUAUUUUCCUGCCUCCUCUCAAGUGCUGGGCUAUAGAAAUGUACCACCGUGCCUGUUUUUAUACUGUGCUGGGGGAAGCAAACCCUGGGCCUCAUGCGUACUAGGCAAGAACUCUAACAACUGAGUCAUACCCCCAGACCUGUAUUAGGUAACCUGGAGCUGAUAUGAUAGAUGAAGAGACUUACAGGCUACAUGCACAUACAGUGCCUUGUUGUGGAAGGGAUUUGGGCAUCCAAGGAUCUUGGUGGCCACAGGGGUCCCUAGAAUCAGUCCCCUAUGGAUACCAAGGGACAACUAGGGACAACUGGAUGCUUAACAUCAGAAUGCCAGGCUCAAAGGUUAUAAGCAUUUUCAAGUCUCCUAAGGAAUACUGACAUUUGAGUAAGUCUUUGUACAUUGUUUUCCCUAACUAUU